CCCUCCUCCUCCUCCUCCUCCUCUCCCGGCUAUAUCUGGGUGCGCGGCCGGGCUCUCCCCUCGCUGGCCGCACCGGCGCUCCGCUGCCUGGUGCUCUUGUCCAUCCCAUGGCCCUGCCCGAGUCCUAGCCCACCAUGAAGACCAUCAUCGCCGCCUACUCCGGCGUGCUCCGAGGCACAGGAUCGAACAUUCUUUCUGCACUGCAGGAUUUGUUCUGGCUCUUGAAAUCCAAAGUAGAGAAACAACUCCAAAUCAUCUCUGUGCUGCAAUGGGUUCUCACUUUCCUUAUCAUGGGUAUUGCUUGCACUUUAAUCCUCAUGUACAUACUGUGCACAGAUUGCUGGGCAAUUGCUGCUCUAUAUUUGGCCUGGCUGGUAUUUGACUGGAAUACACCAAAGAAAGGGGGAAGAAGGUCCCAGUGGGUGAGAAACUGGGCCAUAUGGAGGUACUUCAGAGAUUAUUUUCCAAUAAGACUGGUUAAAACCCACAAUCUGCUGACCACCAGGAAUUACAUUUUUGGGUACCAUCCACAUGGCAUCAUGGGCUUGGGUGCCUUUUGCAACUUCAGCACAGAGGCCACGGGUGUCAGCCAGAAAUUCCCUGGGAUUCGACCAUACCUUGCUACCCUGGCUGGGAACUUCAGGAUGCCCAUAUUGAGGGACUACUUAAUGUCUGGUGGUAUAUGUCCUGUAAACCGUGACAGCAUAGACUACAUCUUGUCCAAGAAUGGCAGUGGCAAUGCCAUCAUCAUUGUGGUUGGAGGGGCAGCAGAGUCCCUGAACUGCACCCCAGGGAAGAACUCUGUGACACUGAGGAACCGGAAAGGAUUUGUGAAACUGGCUCUGCGGCACGGAGCGGAUUUGGUUCCUGUCUACUCCUUUGGGGAGAAUGAAGUGUACCAGCAGGUGAUCUUUGAAGAGGGUUCCUGGGGAAGAUGGGUUCAGAAGAAGUUCCAGAAGCACAUUGGCUUUGCUCCAUGCAUCUUUCAUGGCCGUGGCCUCUUCUCCUCCAACACCUGGGGGUUGUUACCUUACUCCAAGCCCAUCACUACUGUUGUUGGAGAGCCCAUCACCAUCCCCAAAAUCGAUAAUCCAUCCCAGAAGGAUGUGGACUUCUACCAUAGCAUAUAUGUGGAUGCCCUGAUCAAACUCUUUGACAAGUACAAGAGCAAAUUUGGCCUGCCAGAAACUGAGGUCUUGGAAGUCAACUGAAGGCACUGGCUCACCAGCAUCUCCUCUUCUCAGAACUGACACAUCUUUUCCAGGAGUCCAAGUUGUCAUUGUGUACUUGAAAGCAUGUGUGGGUGUAUGUAUCCUUCAAAGCAAGUGUUUAAAGUACUGCUAGACCACUUUAAAAACAAUAAAGAAAGGCUUUGCUUUAGAUAAAUCCCAUUACAAACAUCUUUUUAUACCAAAACAGCACAACUCCCCAUUGCUGUGAGGAUUUUGAUAAAUGAUUGCCUUUGUAAUCUGCUAUAUAAUGCUGUUGGAUCACCAGCAAUGGAUUAGAAAAAUUCCUACAGCUACUGUAUGCACUAGCACAAGCAAUUUUGGGAAAGUAGGAUGCAUCUGGUUCUGCAUCUGCACAAGCAGAAGGUCGAUUUGAGCAGCAUGGCAGUUUUAGAAGUGUGUUGCACAAGAGCCCUGUUGAGACAUGCUUAUGUAGCACAAGAGUAUUUCUGCUUUGGAAAAGCCCUUUCUGGUAGUACAGCUGGGCUGCCAACCCCCCUGGCGUGGCAUCUGUGCUUGAUGGUGCAGGAAACCAAGUGGGAAGAGUCAGGUGAACCUUGAUCCAUAGUGUAGUGGAUGAUUUUUGUGGCUGUAAAUUCACCACUGUAUUUGAAAUGUCAGUUUAGAAGCAGGUAUGUCCCAGAUGCUGCUUGCACAGAGGCUUGUAGCUGGAAAUGUGGGACUUCUUCAUAGCCACAAAACUCCAAGGAUAAGCUCUAGGAGCUGUGGGAUGGUGCAGUUGUGUAGCUCUGGUCUUGCAGACCCCUAGGGUAGCCCAUAGGGGUAAAAUGCAGUGGGACUAUUGAUGCAAGUGCUUUGGAUCCCAGAAGUAUUUGGGGAAAUCUGGAAGUAACUUCUGGCCUCAAGAUGGCUUCUAAUUACUCCAUCCAGUGAAUGUAAAGGAGUAGCCUUUGCACACAUAGGAAUUAAAGUGAGCUACUUUUAAAAGUAUUUAUAAACUGUUUACGUGGAUGUUAACAUUGCUAGUAGUGAGAUUUCUUGAGUACAAUUUGUUUAUGUAUAAACCUGAAACACUGCACUACUUGCAUGUCUGACCUGCCUUUUCAACCAUUCAGUUUGAGUGUAUCUUGAGCUCUGAAAUGUGCCUUUCUUCCAUGCAAGAGGAUGGUACUUCACAUUCCUGGAAUCUUGCCUCUAAAGACAAAUGUUCAUCUGUCAUAUUUGAUAGAUUAUUGUAUUACAGAGUAUUAAUUUUUGUACAAAUUUCUAGAAAUAAACUUGGGCAAAAAUA